AUGAGUAUGGAGAUCUUUCUAAAAGGAGAUGUGUACUAUGGUAAUGUCAAGGGAAUGAUUCCUCAUGGUAGAGGUAAAUACACAUGGUCCGAUGGUACAGUUUAUGAGGGUAGUUGGAAAAAAGGGAAAAUGACAGGUGGCGGAAGGAUCACUUGGACAUCUGGAACAACAUAUGAGGGUGAAUUUUGUGGUGGCUACCUUGAUGGUUUUGGCACGUUGACCAAUCCAGAUGGGUCAACAUACAUAGGCUCAUGGAGGAUGAACAUUCAGCAUGGGCUUGGGAGAAAGCAGUAUAGUAAUUCUGAUGUUUAUGAUGGUUCUUGGAAAGAAGGAGUGCGUGAAGGAAGUGGUAAAUAUGGUUGGUGUAAUGGUGAUAUGUAUAUUGGAAACUGGAAAGGUGGAUUGAUGUGUGGUAGAGGGGUGAUGAAAUGGCUGAAUGGUGAUCUGUUUGAUGGUUAUUGGCUAAAUGGGUAUAGACAUGGGUCAGGUGUUUAUAGGUUUGCUGAUGGGAGUUAUUAUUUUGGGACAUGGACAAAAGGACUCAAAGAUGGACGUGGCAUGUUCUAUCCUGGAGGAAGUAUUAGGUGUCCAUCAUCUAAAAGAUUAGGCAAAAAGAAACGAAGUAUAAACCGCAGUUUAUCUGACAAAAUUUCCAUUAAUGGAUUUUUUAAAGACUUGGGUCGAAUAUCAAGUACGAGGAUUUCCAUUGGGGGUUCUGUUAGGGAGUUCAAUACUGAUAUAUUAUCUUAUACAUCUGAUGAAGGUGAAAGUGUAGAUGAUGAUGUAGGUGAAAGUCUAGAUGACAAUAGUACUGUAGUUUGUGAAAGGGAAUACAUACAAGGAGUUUUGAUUAACGAAAGGAUUAAGAAUAAUGCAGGGGUAUUAUACAAAAAGGAACAGCAGCGAAAAUUUCAUAUGAAAGAAGUGGAAAGGAAGUCGUCUUUGGACAUUUUUGAAGGCCGUAAAAGCAGCUAUCUGAUGCUUAAUCUGCAGCUAGGUAUCAGGUACACUGUAGGCAAAAUUACACCAGUUCCUAUGCGUGAAGUUAGAUAUUCAGAUUUUGGAGAACAAUCAAGAAUAAGGAUGUAUUUCCCCAGGAAAGGCUCACAAUUAACACCUCCACAUUCUUCAAUAGAUUUCUAUUGGAAAGACUAUUGUUCUAUGGUCUUCAGGAAUUUGAGGGAGAUGUUCAAGUUAGAUGUUGCAGAUUAUAUGAUGUCCAUAUGUGGGGAUGAUGGUUUAAGAGAGCUUUCUUCUCAAGGGAAAAGUGGCAGCCUAUUCUAUCUCUCUCAUGAUGAUAGAUUCGUGAUUAAAACCUUAAAAAAAUCCGAGCUCAAGGUUUUACUCAAGAUGCUUCCAAGCUAUUACAAACAUGUACAUGCUCACGAUAACACCUUGAUCACCAAAUUCUAUGGCCUCCAUCAGAUAACACUAAGAGUUGGCAAGAAGGUACAAUUUGUAGUCAUGGGAAAUAUGUUCUACACUGAACUUCAAAUUCACCAACGUUGUGAUUUAAAGGGUUCUUAUCACGGAAGAAAUACAAAUAAAGAUGAUAUAGAAGUGGGUACCACAUUUAAAGACCUUGAUCUUGCUUAUGAUUUCCAUAUGGACAAGUCGUUGCGUGAUGCACUUUUCAAACAAAUCAAGCUUGACUGUAUUUUUCUAGAAUCUCAACGGAUUAUAGAUUAUAGCCUUCUUUUGGGAUUGCACUUUAGAGCUCCUGAACAUCUGAAGAGUCUAUUGGAACCACCAGAUGCAUUUCACAAGCCGCAGAAAACUCCAGGUCCACUAAGUCUUGUGGAUCAUUCGAUUCCUCCAAAGGGACUUCUCCUAGUGACACAUGAACCGAGUUCUGUGAACACCGAACCGGGUCCACACAGUAGAGGAAGUACUUUAAGGGCAUUUUCGGUAGGUGACAAAGAAGUUGAUCUCCUUCUUCCUGGUACUGCGAGGUUACGGGUGCAAUUAGGUGUGAACAUGCCAGCUCAUGCAAACCAUAAGGUCUCCCACGACAUUUCCGGUUCCACAGAAAUCGAACUUUAUGAAGUAUAUGAUGUUGUUCUCUAUCUCGGUAUAAUCGAUAUACUGCAAGAAUACAACACAAGGAAAAAAAUAGAAUAUGCUUAUAAAUCCACCCGCCAUGAUCCCAUCUCAAUAUCCGUUGCGGAUCCUAAAUUUUACUCCAAACGAUUCAUCAAUUUUCUCGAAAAGAUUUUCCCUUCUAAUACUUAA